AUGUCGCAGAGGUGUCAUUAAUGUUUUGAAAAAUGAAUCUUAACCUAAUAAAACGAAUUGCCCAAAAUUCAAAAAAAUGCGAAAAACUCCUAAAGCCGUUAUCGCAGGACAGAUUGCACAGCACCCAAAGUGGCUUGCUAGCGAGAUGGCCGGAACAAAUGGGCGUUUUUUCUGGGCAUAGCACACGGUUCUACUGCCAGGACAGUGGCCCCCCGGCUCCGUCUUGCAAAUUGCCCCCCUUAAUGGACUUUCCUAACAUUGCGUGGCCUUCGGUUUUCAAGUCAUUGAAGAACCUAAUUUUUACCACCUUAAUAAUAAAACCCUAUAUGGAUGCCGAGUUCAGUUUGCCAGAAUUUGUCCAGGGCUCCAAGAAGGCUGUUGAGGUCAUAUCCCAUAGAAUAUCCGAAUGCCAAGACUUGGAUGGUUUAGUCACUGAAGAAAUUGCCCCAGCCUUGAAGGGCACAGUGUCUCAAAUGUCUGUGGAGCAAAGGGAGUUAUUACCGAUCGUAGUGGACGAUAUCUAUUUCACCUUCCCCUAUCAGAUCGGCAUUAUCUUCAAUCAGGAAAACCCCGAGGUGCAAAAACGCUUCGUAGAAAUCACAAUGGUCUACCACGUGUUGAAAGGGCUGGCGGAAAUGCGAUUGAGAGGCGAGGAGCCUCCAAUGAACCUCGGCCUGUUGCCCCAAUAUCAGGGAAAAAUUUCGAUUUGCAAUUAUCGAUUUAUCAAGGAAUUCACAAAGGGUGUGGAAAGCGAUUGGACUGUGAAUCUACUCAACCAUUUCCGGCCUAUAGAUGAAGAGUAGGAACUCUUCACGUUAGCUUUAAGGCAAACCCACACGAACUUUUCAAGCAGAUGGUUAACGAAUUAUAGCGCGUAAAGUAAAGGAUGGUUUGUUUCUAUUUGCAGGUAGCGAUGGGAUUAAUGGGAUUGGUUUGGUCAAAUCGGGCGCUUUGAGAUCAAUAAAUAGUUGCUUUAAAAUCGGA